AAAAAAGAAAAAGGAAAGCAAAAAAAAAAAAAAAAUCUCUCUUCACUCUCUCUUGGUCUUCUCACUUGGGGCUUUUGCUUUUCUGUGGCUCAAUCCUGGGCGAUCUGGUCCAUAAAUUCUAGGGGGCUCAUCGGAUGCGUUUUUGAGUCUCUGAGAUCGGCUUUAGGACUCAUUUCACUAACUUCUCCAGCUAACAGGAGAGGUGAAGAAAUGGACCAUGAGAAGACAGGAUGCCAAGCUCCUCCUGAACGUCCUAUUUUGUGCAUUAAUAAUUGUGGUUUCUAUGGAAGUGCAGCUACGAUGAACAUGUGCUCCAAGUGCCACAAGGAUAUGAUAUUGAAACAGGGGCAUGCUAAACUUGCUGUGUCAUCUAUCGAUAAUAUUAUGAAUGGGUCAUCAACUAGCAAUGGGAAUGAAACCGUUGUUGCUAAUGUUGUAGAUGUGCAAAAUUCUGUGGAGCCAAAAACCAUUCAACCAUCCCGUGCUUCUGGCUCAGCGGAGAGCCUGCAGGCUAGGCCGAAGGAGGGUGCAAACCGGUGCAGCAGUUGCAAAAAGAUGGUUGGUUUAACAGGGUUCAAAUGUCGCUGUGGUAACCUUUUCUGUACAUCACACCGCUACUCAGACAAACAUGACUGCCCCUUCGAUUAUCGCACUGCUGCACGUGACGCAAUAGCUAAAGCCAAUCCAGUUGUCAAGGCUGAGAAACUUGAUAAAUUCUAAGUACAAUGGAGACGAAGUUACAUGUGCUUAAGCAUGUCUCGCUCAUUUUUCUCCCGAGGCACUCCUGAGUUGGCCGCUAAUCUUUUCAGGUGUCCUUAUUUAUGUCAUAUAUGCUGGGAGAUGGCUAUCUAGGACAUCUAUGCACUAUGAAGAACUCUAUAUCUUGUGAUUGGCGAAAAUUUGUAUGUUGCCAUCAGUAUUUGUCUUAAUCUGUGGUGGUUUGAUGGACUUCAUUUGUAUGUCACGCUCUGUUUCAUCUGGCAUGUCGCCCUAGUUCUGCCUUUUAAAAUUGAAUGUGCAAUUUCAAGAUGAUAUGUUCUCAGGGGUGGCUGUGUAAAUUUUCAA